AUGGAUGAUCAGGACGGAUCUUUUACAUUGCAUAGCUCGUUAGGAGUUUUGGGGAGUCAAAGCACGGGGAACACAGUUCCUUCCCAAGUACUAUUUAUGGAUACACAUGAUAUGCCUUCCAGGACAAACACACAUCCACCGGCAUCUGCGUAUUAUCAGGUAGCUACGCCGAAGUCACCCCAUGAGCUUGCCUUAGAUGGAGACGACGAGGUACACGGCGGUGACUCCAGUAACGAAACCAUAGGGCCUAUUGGUCACAGUGGCCAUCCUACAGAAGGCCAUCAUAUGAUGAUGGGGAAAUCAAGCAGAGAGAGUGAAGAAAUGGAAAGGUUGAAGUAUGAAACUGCAAAAAACGAAAUACUCGAUAAACUUCAUUUGCACACACUCAUAGGUCACAAAGAGAUGCAGAGAGUUCAGCUAGAAAUCAGAAGAGCGGAUGCACAGAUGCACCUCUUGAAAAAACUACAUGAAGACAAGGACCUGCUUGGGAAGAUCGAGAAGUGUCAUGAGCGUAAAAAUGAAAUGACGAGGCAGGAGUUGUCAGAAAUCAAUGCAACUAGGAAUAGUACAUCCGGUCAUCUCGCUGAUGCUAGUUUGAUCGGUUUGCCACCUGGAACGUCCCCAAAUGAUGUAUCGUCUGCAAGUAGCGGAGUACCUACUCACCACUAUCACACAAGAAGUAAAAGUCAGGGAAAUGUCAAUGAGGUAGCACAUUUAAGACCCGCCAAUUCUGCGAUUAUUGACCUUCGGCUAACGGGUUCCAAGUCUAUUUCGAAUUCAGCUUUUAAAGGCGGAAACAAAGAGCCUGAAUAUGAAAUUCUUCCAUUCAGGCCCAACCAAAUGAAUCUCCAUCACAGAAGAAAUUAUAGCAGUACUUCGUUGACAAGCAAUAGUGGUGUUGUCGGAAAAACUGAGAGCAACGAAGCUAUUUUUAGACGAUACGAUGGCAUUCUCAUUGUCAUAACGUGCGCGAACUGCAACAGAAGUGGAUUCACGUCAGCACAGGGAAUCGUAAAUCAUGCUCGUCUGAAACAUGGCAAGACAUAUUCGAGUCAGCCCUUGGCUGUUCUCCACAAUCAAAAAGUGUUAGAUGAUGACAAACAGGAUCCUCAGGUUCUAGAAAAAUUCAGAGGCAUUGGCAAAGAUCCCAAGACGGAUUAUCUACCAUGCGAGAUCGCAAUACCUUCUGGAAGAAGAUCAAGUCAUAGGGAAGUAAGUCCAAAAAAUACUUUAAAUAGGAAGUCAGAGAGCCAAGGCCGGCAUCAAAGUCCACACAGUUCUGUUCAUUUGGAAAAAAUGUAUAAUAAAGAUGAUUUUAAAGAUCUAGUAGCAAUGGUAAAUGAAGCACAAAACGAUUUAGAUGUUGUAUUAAAACAUUCUGAGUCAGAGAGUAGAUUGUGUGAGAGUGAAGAGGGUGAUAAUAGUUUGAGGGAUCAAUGUGAUGAAUCAGACUAUAUAGCAACAUCUUCGAAAAACAUAGCAGAGAAUAGUAGUGCGUCUUUCUCUUCAAUCAAGAAUGAUCCUGCUAAUGCUCCGUCAACAAAAAGGUCAGAAAAGGAGGGCCCGGCCAUAUCUUCAAGAAUAACACCAAAAGAAAAUGGCAAAAAGCGUAAAAACGAGACGAAUGGAGAAGAGAGAGAUUUGAAAGAGAGACUUAGACCCGCAGAAAAAAAGGCCAGACGUGAUGCACUAGCUUUAAGCAAUAUUCCAGAUCACGAAAAGAGGUCAUCGCAUUACAAUCUACGAGCUAAGUCCAAACUAAAAGGUAUUAACAGCAAGAAUCAGUGA